GGUAUGGCAACUGCGCUUCCAAAUCUUCAAGGUGAUUUGACGGUGUGUUCUAUUUGUUUGGAGCAUUUUAAAUCACCAAGGUAUUUACCCUGCACACAUACAUUCUGUGAAAGAUGUUUAGAGACUCAUAUUAAAUCUUCAUGUAGUGAUUCUGACGGAUUCCAGCUUGGAUUUCUAUGUCCGUUAUGUCGAAUAUUUGUCCCAGCUCCAGGAAAAGUAGGAGAAUUUUCCUCAAAUGAAUGGGCAGAUAAACUGCCAGAAAAUCAAUUUAUAAGAUCCAUCGCAGAAAAAUGUGCAUUUCUGAAUUCAAUUCCGUGCACUCCUUGUAAUUUACAAGGAGAAGAGCAUACGUCGGGCAGUUGGUGUAAAGAUUGCUCCGAACCCAUGUGUGAGAAUUGUUUUCAGAGUCACUUAAAAUUCAGACCCUCUCGUAGUCAUCAGAAAGUGUCUCUGGAUAAAAUAAGUGAUCUUUUACCGCUAACGCAACAACUGGAAAAUUGUGAAGAUCAUGAGGGAAGAAAAUUAGAAUUGUUCUGCGAAACUCAUUUCAAACCAUGUUGUGUCCUUUGUAUAACAAAAGAUCAUAGUUGUUGUAUGAACCUUAAUUCAUUAGAGAUAGUUGCUGAUAAACUAAUGGAAUCUAAGAAAGUCAAGCGUUUGCAAGAGGAUGUAAAUCAGCUUGAAUCCAUUCUUGAAAAAGUCAUUGCUGAAGAAAAGGCUAAUAUGGUUGAUAUUGAUAAUGUACAGGACAAAUUUACCGAAGAAGUUUCCGUGUCAAAAGAGGCAAUCAUAAAGAAUGUUGAAAGAUUGGAAGAAAAACAUUUAAAUGAAAUAGCAAAUGUAUCAAAAGAUGCCAAAGCAAAACUACAGAAGUCAAUAAAUUCUUUAGAACAGCAACAAUGUUAUUUACGUCACUGGAAAGAAGCAACAUUAAAGAAUUUAACAAGCACUGAUUCAUCAAAAUCAGUUUUUGCAUUGUCUUAUGCUAAAUUGGAACAAAUAUGUAAACAUUUGCAAAAAAUUGGAAUUUCAAAGUUCGAAGCCGAAAUCCAAACCACAAUGCAUGACGAUGUUAAAAGUCUUGUUAAUUUAACUUGUCUUUCAAAAAUUACUGCAAAUGAACGACAGAGACCUGUAAAUCUAAAUGAAACAGUUUUAAAAAGUCAAGAAAUUCAAAUGAUAUACGAAUUUAAGAUUGAUGGUGCUGAUUUUAGGGGAGGGUGUUUCUUAAAAAAUGGUGAACUUAUCUUGGCUGACAAUAGAAGAAAAAGACUUAUAAAAUGUAAAGCAGAUGGGACUGUCUUGAAAGAAGUGUCCCUUGAACACUCACCCUGGGACAUGGAACUCUUUGGAGAAAAUCACAUGCAUGUGACACUUGAUGAUGCAAACCAAAUUCUAGUUAUGGAAAUUAAGACUUUUACAGUUGAAAGAAACUUUAACCUCUCAUUCAGGUGUUGUGGAAUAUCGAAAUCAGGUAGUACUAUAGCACUGGGAUCUAAAGACGAAUUACAAGUCCUAAAUAAAAAUUAUGAACCACAGAGAAUUUCGUCUGACUUGUCUUCGGUUUAUGAUGUAGCAAUGGACGCGGAAGAAAAUAUUAUUUACUCUAGUUAUAAUCAAUACAUAGUGAGGAAACAAGACAAAACGGGAUACGUUCUAUUCUCAUAUACACAUGAAAAACUACAACGACCAUAUGGUUUGACACUCGAUAAAUUUGAAAAUAUAUACGUAAACGGCAAAGACAGCAAUAAUAUUCAUAUACUGUCGCCAGCCGGUGAACAGCUCCGGAUUCUGGAAGGAGUACAGCAACCACAGUGCAUAAAAUUUCAGGUAGACGGCAACAAAUUUUUUGUCGGUGAAGAAGAUGGUCGAGUGAAAAUAUUUGAAUUCAUUUAAGCAUAUACCGUAACAAGUACUUCUUCCAUGUGCUUAAUUGAUAAUCAUGAAAUUGUUCAUAAAAAUUGUUUGUUUUGAAAAUAAUAAAUGUGGAAUUUUGACCUAUUUAAACAACAUUUGUGGCAAAAUGUGUAAACCAUCGUAUAAAUUCAUGCUUCUCACUUAAAUCGAUAUGCAAAUACGUGUUCUGUGUAGGAAGAAUUUAUUCAAAUUAGUCUAUUGAUAAAUAAAUUGAUGAUAAAUUGUUGA